AUGUCUGCCCCCAACCACGAAGAUGAUAUUAUGCCUGAGGAGACGCAGGGCUACAAGCUCUCCCAGCCCAAGCAGAGUCUGGCCGAAUACCAACAGAUGGACGCCAACGAUGAAUCUCUCCAGCGUUACAAAGAGUCCCUAGGCCUGGGAUCAGGCAAGGACAUGUCCGACCCCAACGACCCCCGCGUCUGCAUCAUCGAGUCCCUGACUAUGGAGUCGCCCGGCCGCGACCCCGUCACCAUCGACCUCUCCGAGAAAGGCAGCGAGAACACCCUCAAGGACAAGCCCUUCAAGAUCAAGGAGGGUGCCAACUUCACCAUGAGCGCCAAGUUCCGCGUCCAGCACGAGAUCCUCAGCGGCCUCCACUACGUCCAGGUCGUCAAGCGGAAGGGCAUCAAGGAAGAAGCCCCUAGCGGUAUGCUCGCUCGUGGCCACUACAACGCCGUCUCCAGCUUCGUCGACGACGACAAGAAGACUCACCUGCUCUUUGAGUGGAGCUUCGACAUCGCCAAGGACUGGUAG